AACUGACCCGACCUGAGUGUGACCCGCCGUAACACAUAUCCGAAAUAUAACCAAUUCGAAAUACAACCGAACCGAAUAACACCCAUCCGAAACUGACCCGAUGACCCGAAUGCACCAACUCUAAUGAAUACAUUUGGCUUGGCAAAUUUGUGUCCACAAAAACAAGGAUGCUACAUUUCUGGUAGAAUCAUACUCCAUAAGAAAGUACACCUUAUCAUUAAUAAAGGAAAACAGGCUUAGCAACAGGGUAGGAGUACAUAAGAGUAAUCGUGGGGUUUCUAAGAAUUAAUGGCUGCACUCAAACUAUUGCAAUUAGCUCUCUAUUUAAACCUGUUUUCCAACCCAAAUCGGAGCAAGUUAUGGUCAGAAUCUGAGAAUCUUCAAUCAUUUCCACCAUCGUGCAACCGAAUUGAAUGCCCAAACUAUGAUGUGAUUGAGAUCGGAAAUGGGUAUGAAAUCCGCCGCUACAAUUCCCCUAUUUGGAUUUCUACUUCUAAGAUUCAAGAUAUCUCUCUUGUUGAAGCUACCCGUACUGGGUUUAUGCUGCUAUUUGACUACAUUCAAGGGAAGAACGAAUACAAGAAAAAAAUAGAAAUGACAGCACCUGUGAUCACCCAAGUUUCUCCAAGUGAUGGACCCAUCUGUGAGUCUUCAUUUGUGGUGAGCUUCUAUGUACCAAAGGAGAACCAGGCAGACCCACCACCUGCAGAAGGGCUUCACAUUCAAAGGUGGGACCCAACUUAUGUUGCAGUCAGACAGUUUGGAGGUUUUGUAUCUGACUAUCAAGUUGGGGAAGAAGCUGCAGCGUUACAAAGCAGCCUUGAAGGGUCCAAAUGGGGAGCUGCCAUCCAGAAAAGCCAAGCAGCUAAUCCCAAGUCAAGUUAUAUAGUUGCUCAGUAUAAUUCACCAUUUGAGUUUUUUAAUAGGGUGAAUGAAAUAUGGUUGAGUUUUGAUAUUCACAAUGUUCCUACUAUCUCAAUGAUGUGAUUCUACGAUGAAAUAAGUUGUUUUUUUGCAAUAGGGUAAGAUGAAUAACUCUUAGGAGGUUAUUGAGAGACCCAUGUACUUGAUGGGUGGUAUCUCCACCAAAUAAGCCAACUUGUGUUGUUAAUUGACAUUAGCCUUGUAUCUUUCAUUUUUAUAAAGCUACUUGUUGUGUA